AAGAAAAUAAAAUAAGAGAAGAGAAGAGAAGAGAAAACUUCGUCCCUUUUAGCACACGAAAAUCGUAUCGAAUUAUUUGGCAGUGCGUUAGUUUGCCCGUGAAUUUGAGAGUUCGAUCUAGAUCGGGACUUCCAGAAUACUUUAAAGUUUAAGUUAAGAGCAAAAAAUUAAUAUUAAAUGACAGUGCACAGUAAUGAAACCGGUAUCUGUUUAGUAAUGAAUGCCGUUUCAACUCACCUUGCCACUUCAUCGCCCAACACACCUCCAACCAACGCGCCGUCGCAGACUCCUCCGUCGACGGUGGCGACGCUAGCUUGUCCCGCCAACCAGCAGCCAUUGGGUACGCCCGUUGCCGGGCCCGGGCACAGUGGAAUGGUGACGUCUACGGUGCCUCAGGGAGCGCGCUCCACCUCCCCGUGCGGGGCGGCGGCCGGCCUGCCAGCACUGCCCGUGCUCGGACAGCCGCCACCGGGACCGCACUCGUCCGGUCCAGUUCCACCGCCCGCCUCCGCCAAUCCGAAUCGCUGCUGCGAUACGGGUCGCACCAUCUACACGGACCCCGUCAGCGGCCAGACGAUCUGCUCCUGCCAGUACGAUAUGCUCAACUAUCAGCGGCUCGCUGCGGCGGGUGGCGUGCCGCUCGGUGUGUAUCCCGAGGGAAUGUCUGCAUACCUAUCGGGCAUUGCCGGCGAUCAACCUCCGUUCUACGCUAAUCCGGCUGGAAUCGAUCUGAAGGAGAACCUCGUUGCCGGCGCAUCCCCAUGGCCAUAUCCAUCGAUGUAUCAUCCAUAUGAUGCCGCAUUUGCUGGCUAUCCAUUUAAUAGCUAUGGCAUGGAUUUGAAUGGGGCUAGACGAAAGAAUGCCACCCGCGAGACAACGUCCACGCUGAAGGCCUGGCUGAACGAGCACAAGAAGAACCCCUACCCGACCAAGGGCGAGAAGAUCAUGCUGGCCAUCAUCACCAAGAUGACGCUCACCCAGGUCUCCACGUGGUUCGCCAAUGCGAGAAGAAGACUGAAAAAAGAGAACAAAAUGACGUGGGAGCCAAGGAAUCGCGUCGAUGACGAUGAUGCCAAUAUCGAUGAUGACGAUGACAAGAACACCGAAGAGAAUGACUUAUUGGAUGCUAAAGAUUCUGGUGUGGGCUCCACGGAUGAUAAGGACCGUUCCGGGCGACUGGGUGAUAUGAUGACGGACCGACCCGGCGAGAGCAACAACAGCGAGUGGUCCGAGUCGCGGCCAGGCUCGCCCAAUGGCUCGCCCGAUCUGUACGAUCGGCCCGGCAGCAUGCCCCCGGGCGCCCAUCCCCUGUUCCAUCCUGCGGCACUGCACCAUCACUUCCGGCCGCCGGCGGGCUCUCCGCCGGACAUCGCCGCCUACCAUCACCAUCAGCAGCAGCUGCUGCAGCAGCAUCAGCAGGCGCAGCAGAACUCCCUGCAGACGGCCGUGGGGGGGACGUCCAAGCCGCGCAUUUGGUCGCUCGCCGACAUGGCCUCCAAGGACAACAAGGAGUCCAGCUCGGCGCCCAAGGACAGUUUGGGCGCGGAGCUGCCGCCAGCGCAUCCGGGCUUUUACGGCCACCCUAGUCAGCAGCCGUCGCCCGGCAAGAUCCUCUCGCCGCUGGCCGCCCGCAUGCCCAACUAUUCGCCGUACGUGCGCCCCGACCUGUACAGGGGCUUCUAUGGCCCGGCGGCAGCGCAUCUGAGUGCCCCGACGCAGGAGUUUCUGGAGCAUCAGCGCUCGUUCAACGCCAGCCUGGCCGCGCACAACGGCCUCGGCAUGAAUCCGCUGCUGUGGAAGGCAGCCGUCUCGGGAGCGGCCAACGGGCCGCACUUUGCCCCGCUCAGCCUGACGACGACGGGGGGUGGCGUGGGUGGAGCCCAGCAGCUGGCACCACCGCCUGUGGCAUCGCCGUCGGCGUCCUCAUCGUCCUCAUCGAUGGGCUGUGAUGUUGUCCAUAUUCCCACAUCGAGCGGACAGUCGGCGGCCCAAAAUAUGAUGGGACCAAUAUCCAGUCACUCAACCGCUUCGUCAUCGUCCUCGCAGUCCGGUAAAAUAUCGCCGGGUGUGAAUGUGACGUCGCUGUGCGCAAAGCCAUGACCCCAAUCGGCAUGUGCGUCCCCAGAUCCGUCGGCGAUUGUUAACCACGGAGGAGCCGCAGCCGCAGCCGCCGCAGCAGUCGCUUCUCCAAUCUCUGCCUUCCGCUCGCUAAUUGCCUUUCGAGAGCAACACCUGCAGCAGCAAGCACCCAAACUGACGCUGCUGCGGCCGUAAUCGAGGCGGUAAAUCGGUAAAUCGGUUAAUGGGGGCGGGGCAGCAGAUCAACUGAUAGGAUGGGCAGCAGUCGAUGAUCUUCUUCUACUGAAUUUUACGAUCGCAGACCAGACCAGAACAGACCGGGCAAGGAAAGGUAUAACACACUUUCGGACAAUAAUUUACAUGUGAUUAUUCGGUAUUUUGAUUAAAGCCGCUUAUACCAAAUAGCAGAAACCAGAAACCAGCUGAAACGUGGCGGUUCCUUUUUUUUGGGGCAUUGAGAACCAAAAAUCGCAGCCGCCAUCCCGCUACCAACCCCAGCCCCCAAACCCACUCCCACACACCCACCCCGCCCCACCCCACUGACGUUGUGCAAUUUGUUGUGGAGAAGAUAAUCCAAAAAUCAUUUGAAAAUAAUUUAAUUUUAAUUAAAUACACACACACACACACACACACACUUAUGCAAUCAGAGCUUAUAGGAUGUAAAUUUUGAAAAUAUAGCAGGGGGCGACCAUCAAUGAAAAUA